AUGCAACAGGCUGGUCGCACUGGUUGUACUAAGCCUGGAAAGUGUUUGCGGUUAUAUACGGAGAAAGCUUAUCAAGAAGAGAUGCAGGAACAGACGUACCCGGAGGUUGAAAAUCUCGUACGUUUUGAUUUCAUGGAUCCUCCAGCUCCAGAAACCCUUAUGAGAACUGUAGAACUACUCAAUUAUCUUGCCGCUAUAAACGAUGAUGGUACUGUAAGAGUUGCUUUUUCUGAUGGCGGAACUCUCUCUAAAUCCGCAAAUGGGAAAGUUGGCCAUAGGAUUGAUUGCGGUAGAAAGGCAGUGAGGGUUGCUGGAGACUCUGCAAGAAGAAAGGCCGGACUGUUGAUCUUGAUUGCUUUUGCAAGCAUCGACUCAGUGGGUUAUAAAGGAAAGAAGGAACCAAGAUACCGAGCUCGAAUAUCACCUUCUACUGGCCCGCAUAGACUUCUCGUGUGGGAAUCACCAUUGAAAAAUGCGCAAAGAUUAGUCAACUUUGCUCCUUUAAAGAAGAAAGGUCAAGCACUCAUGGAAUUGGCGCAGGUUUGA